AUGGGGAAGGGGGGUGGAAGCGUGGGGGAAGGGAAGUGGAAGCGUGAGGGAACCGGAGUAAGGAGUGAGAUCAGAGGGGAUGGGAGAUGCGCAAUGAGAUGGGGGGAGAGGACCGAAUGGGGAAGGGGAGCGGAAGCGUGGGGGAAGGGAAGUGGAAUCGUGGGGGAAGGGAAGUGGAAGCGUGGGGGAAGGGAAGUGGAAUCGUGGGGGAAGGGAAGUGGAAGCGUGGUGGAAGGGGACUGGAAGAUUGCGGGAAGGGGAGUGGCAGCGUGGGGGAAGGGGAGUGGCAGCGUGGGGGAAGGGGAGUGUAACGGUGGGGGGUGGGGAGUGGAACAGUGGGGGAUGGGGAGUGGAACAGUGAGGGAUGGGGAGUGGAACCCGUGGGAAGCAUGGGCACAGGGGAGCGUUAGAGCGGGGGAGCAGCGGGGCAUGGGAGCAAGCGUGGUGCACGACGGGGGAGCAGCGGGGCGUGGGAGCAAGCGUGGUGCACAACGGGGGAGCAGUGGGGCGUGGGAGCAAGCGUGGUGCACAACGGGGGAGCAGCGGGGCGUGGGAGCAAGCGUGGUGCACAACGGGGGAGCAGCGGGGCGUGGGAGCAAGCGUGGUGCACAACGGGGGAGCAGCGGGGCGUGGGAGCAAGCGUGGUGCACAACGGGGGAGCAGCGGGGCGUGGGAGCAAGCGUGGUGCACAACGGGGGAGCAGCGGGGCGUGGGAGCAAGCGUGGUGCACAACGGGGGAGCAGCGGGGCGUGGGAGCAAGCGUGGUGCACAACGGGGGAGCAGCGGGGCGUGGGAGCAAGCGCGGUGCACAACGGGGGAGCAGCGGGGCGUGGGAGCAAGCGUGGUGCACAACGGGGGAGCAGCGGGGCGUGGGAGCAAGCGUGGUGCACAACGGGGGAGCAGUGGGGCGUGGGAGCAAGCGUGGUGCACAACGGGGGAGCAGCGGGGCGUGGGAGCAAGCGUGGUGCACAACGGGGGAGCAGCGGGGCGUGGGAGCAAGCGUGGUGCACAACGGGGGAGCAGCGGGGCGUGGGAGCAAGCGUGGUGCACAACGGGGGAGCAGCGGGGCGUGGGAGCAAGCGUGGUGCACAACGGGGGAGCAGCGGGGCGUGGGAGCAAGCGUGGUGCACAACGGGGGAGCAGCGGGGCGUGGGAGCAAGCGUGGUGCACAACGGGGGAGCAGCGGGGCGUGGGAGGUGA